AUGGAUCCAGGCAAGAAAGAUCCCUUAGAUGUUUAUAUCAAAAAUGCAAACAUUAUGUUUAAAGUCGGUUUUGCACUUUGCCCGCUCUGCUGGCUCAUGUGCUGGAUAUAUUGCUUAAAUAGGCAAACUGAGAGCCAAGAAUUAGUCGUAAUCGGCAAGAGAUCGUUCUGGCUGUUUUGGCUUUCCUUAUACAUUCUCGGAAUUUGGACCCUCUGUUACUCAGCUUGGUGGACAAAGAUGGAAGUUAUCGGAUAUAACGUUCCUUACGGCGAACCUCAAUAA